AUGACAGAAAAUAUUGAUAAAAAUGAUGAUGAUGUUGCAGUGAUCGGUAUUGGUUUAAGAUUUCCAAGUGGUAAUUUAAAAGAAUCUAUUUCGAAACCAAAUCAAUUAUUUAAUGAAUUAUUGAAUGGAUUGGAUGGAAUCGUUACAACAUCUGAAAGAUGGUCUGAUAAUUAUUACUUAAAUGGUGAAGUCGUUUCAAAGUUUGCUGGUUUACUUCCACUUGAUGAAUGGAAACAAUUCGAUCCAAUCUUCUUUGCCAUUAAUCCAAGUUAUGAUAAUGUCAGUUCAAUCGAUCCUCAACAAAGAUUAUUAUUAAAAUGUGUAUGGGAAGCAUUAGAAGAUAGUGGUAUUGAUCCAAUUAGUUUACGUGGGACUAAUACAAGUACAUUUAUCGGUAGUAGUACUAUUGAUUAUAAUGAUCUUCAAAAAUCACCAUUCGAAACUCAAAAUAAUAUUUUUGGUUCAACAACUCAUUCCAUUGCAAAUAGAAUUGGUUUUUCAUUUGAUUUUAGAGGUGAAAAUUUAACAAUUGAUACAGCUUGUUCAAGUUCAUCAAAUGCAAUUAAUUGUGGAUAUAAUUCAAUUAAAUCAAAUAAAUCAAAUGUUUCAAUUGUUGGUGGUGUUAAUUUUAUAUUAAAUCCAUACAUUUCAAAAUCAUUCACACAAUUAGAUAUGUUAAGUCCAACAGGAAAAUGUCAUACAUUUUCAUCGGAUGCUGAUGGUUUUGUUCGUUCAGAAGGUGUUGGUAUCGUUGUAUUAAAGAAGUUAAAAGACGCAAUCAAAGAUUCAAACAAUAUCUAUUGUGUAAUCAAAGGAUCAAGUUCAAAUAUCGAUGGUAACUUUGAUAAAUUAAACUUUUAUUCACCAUCAAAACUAUCUCAGUUUGAAAAUAUCAAAUUAGCAAUCAAAUCAACCAAUGGUCAAAUCAAUGAAUCAGAUAUUGAUUAUUGUGAAACUCAUGGUACUGGUACCCCAACUGGUGAUCCAAUAGAAUUAGAAGGUAUAUCAAGAGCUUUCAAUAAUAAAGCAUCAACAACAAAUAAUAAUAAACAAGUUUUAGUUGGGUCAUUUAAAUCAAAUAUUGGACAUACUGAAGCAUGUUCAGGAGUUGCAUCAUUAAUUAAAUGUUGUUUAAUGUUUAAAAACAAACUAUUUCUUCAAAAUAUUAAUUUCAAAGAACCAAAUCCAUUAAUAAAUUUUAAAGAAUGGGGAUUAAAAGUUGUAACUGAACCAAUUAAAUUUAAUGAAAAUAAACCAACUGUCAUGUUAAUUAAUAAUUUCGGUAUAACUGGUUCAAAUGUUUGUUUAAUACUAUCUGAAUUUAGUGGUUAUCAAUUUGGUUAUAGUAAAAGUAAUGAUUAUCAAAAAAUGGAAAUUGAUAAUAAAUUUAAUGAAAAAAAGAAAUAUUUAAUACCACUCUCAAGUAAUUCAUCAACAUCAUUAGAUAAUUAUAAAUUAUCAAUAAUUAAACAUUUAAAUUCGAGGUCAUCUUCAUCAUCAACAACAACAAGUUUCGAAGAAUUUGUAUAUAAUCAAAUUAAAUUCAAAUCAACAUCAUUAAUUCAAAAAUCAGUUAUAAUCGCAAGUGAUUGGAAUGAAUUUCAAGAUGAAAAUAAUCAAAUUAAAUUAGAAAAUAGUGAUAAUUUAAUUUCAAAUAUUACAGUUGAAAAAAAGAAAUCUCCAAUCAUAGUAAUGGUAUUAUGUGGUCAAGGUUCACAAUAUAAUAAAAUGGCAUUAUCAUUAUAUGACAAUGAGCCAAUAUUUAGAGAAUCUGUCAAUAGAUUCGAUAAAGAGUUAUUCAAAUAUUAUGGUUACUCUGUUUUAGAUAAAUUAAGAUCAAUUGAUGAUAAAGAUUUAAUAUCAAUUCAUCAAUCAAUUUUAGCACAACCUGCAACUGUUAUCAUUCAAGUAUCACUCUAUGAAUUAUAUAAACAUCGGGGUGUUUCAGCAGAUAUUAUCAUUGGUCAUUCUCUUGGUGAAAUCUCAUCAGCAUAUUGUUCAGGUAUGAUUGAUUUUCAAACAUUAUGUUACUUGACUUACCAUAGAUCAGUAGCUCAAAAUAGAACCUCAGGUACAGGUAAAAUGUUAUCAGUUAAUAUUAGUUCAGAUGAAUUCAUUAAUAGCUAUCAAUCUACAACCAAAUAUGAAUCAUUAGAAAUUGCAUGUUACAAUUCACCAACAUCAAUCGUUAUCGCAGGUAAAGAAGACUUGUUAAAUGAAAUAACCAAAGAUUUCAAAACAAAUGAUAUCUUUUGUGCAAUGUUAGGAUCAUUAUCAUCAUUUCAUACAUCAAGCCAACAAAUGAUUAAAGAUGAAGUAUGCUCUUUAAAUAUUUCAUCGAAGCAAUCAUCAAUAGCAAUAUUUUCAACAGUCACAACCAAUUUAUUCAAUGAUGAAACCUCACCAUUCGAUGCAGAUUAUGUAUUUGAUAAUAUUCGUCAACCAGUUCGUUUCACACAAACAAUUACAAAUCUUUACAAAUAUUUCGAAUCAAAUGAUAUGGGUAAUGAAAUUACAUUCAUUGAAGUUUCACCACAUCCAACAUUACAAUUUUACUUGAAUCAAAUGAAAUCAACCCAAUCAAGUUACUUUAAUAGUGGUAAAAACAUUACAAUAUAUUCACCAUUAAAUAAAAAGAAGAAUGAUUAUAAUGAAUUCUUAAAGACAAUCUCUUUAUUAUAUGUCAAUAAUAAUUUAAACAUUAAUUUCAAAUCACAAUUAAUCGAUAACAAUAAUAACUAUACAAACCAAUUUAAUAAUUUACCACUUUACCAAUGGGAUGACAAAGAAUACUUUAAAAUUUCUUGGUUCCAAGAAAAGAUUAAAAAUGAAGGUCCAUCCAUUCAUAGUCUUGGUAAUAAUACAGAUUCACCAUAUCCAUCAUAUCAAACAUUCAUCGAUAUCAAGAAAUCACCAUUCCAAUGGUUAAAAGGUCAUCAAGUUAGUGAUAAAUUUUAUUAUCCAGGAAUGGGAUAUGUUCACAAUUUAUUAUCAAUUUAUCCAAAUCAAGAUAUUACAAUUAGCUCAUUAGAAUUUAAAUCACCAUUAAUAUUGACAGAAGGUAAUAGACAAUGUUUACAAACUACAAUUGCACCACUAUCAAAGAAUGAAUUCAAUAUUAAAAGUCAUUACAAAGAUCAAAAAACAAAUCAAUGGAUAUUAACAUCUCUUGGUAAUUUCAGUUUAUCCAAACAUAAUAUUGAAAAUAAUGAACCAAUUAAUAUUCGAGCAUUAAAAGAUAAAUGUAAUUUUACAUGCAUAUCAAAACAGGAUCUAUAUGAAACUGUUAGAAUUAAAACAAAUUUAACAUACAAAGGUUUAUUUCAAGGCGUAAAACAAUGUUAUAUCGGUAAUAAUUGUUCAUUAGCAAUAGUAUCAUUAAAUGAAAUUUAUAAUCAAAAAGAAUAUAAUCAUUUAAUAAACAAUAGCAAUAUGAAUACAUUAUUUAAUACAGCAAUUUUAGAUACUUGUUUACAUGGAGUAUUAGGUGUAGUUACACAACCAGUCGUACUUGAUAGAAUUGAAGGUUUCAAAUUUUACUCUUCAAAUACUCCAUCAUUUAAUAAUAAUAGCACCAAUAGCAAUAAUGAUACAAUUAACGAAUUAUAUGUUUACUCUGAAAAUAAAGCAAGAAUCAAUUCUAAAACAUAUUCAGGAUCAAUUAAAAUCAUACUUCCAAAUGGUACAUUAUUAAUUGAUAUUGGAAAUGUAGUUUGCACUAUAGUUGCCUCCAAUCCUGAUAGCACAAUAAUUUGUGAACCACCUUCAAAUAAAAUUUAUACACCAUAUCUUCAAUCAAAAGAUUCAGUAAUUAAAAAUCCUGAACAAUUCAAACAUUUAUAUAGAGUAGAUGAAUUUAGUUUUAAAAAUGAAGAAAAUCAAUUUAUUUCAAUUGGGUUAUUAUUGUCAUUAUUUUAUAAACACAUUAAUAAUAGAUGUCCAAGUAUCAAUUUAGAAUCAUUAGAAACAUUAGAAUAUGAUCAAUUCAAACAAUUAUAUUAUAAUAGUUCAAGAAAUGAAAAUCUUUUUAAAUUCAUUUUUGAAAAUUUAAAAAAUUACCAAAACAUUAUGUACAGUAAUUCUUUCAAUAAAACCAUUUUAUUUAAUAAUAAUAAUAAUAAUAAUAAUAAUAAUAAUAAUAAUAAUAAUAAUAAUAAUAAUAAUAAUAAUAAUAAUAAUAAUAAUAAUAAUAAUAAUAAUAAUAAUGAUAAUGAUAAUGAUAAUAAUUGUUAUAAUUAUGAAAAUUUUUAUAUUAGAACAACUAAAAUAAUGGCAAAACAAUUAUUUCCAUUAAAAGAUGAUGAUUCCAUUACAGAUACACCACAAUCAUUAUUUGAAAGUGGUUAUCUAGACUACCAUUAUAAGAAUUCAAAAAUAGUUCAACCAUUGAAUAAUUUAUUAGGUGAAAUUAUAGUUGAAACUCUAAAACCAAUUUUAAAUGAACCAAUUGUAUUUCGUAUAUUAGAAGCAGGUGGUGGUACUGGUAGUCUUAGUUUAUUAAUUUUAGAAAAGAUUUGUAAAUUAUUAAAUGAAAACAAUUCAACAUCAAUCAUUGAUAUUGAAUUUACAUGGAGUGAUAUAUCUGCAUCAUUUUUCGCUGAAAUUAAAGAAAAGUUCUCAUCAUUUACAAAUCACAAUAGUUUAAAUAUUAUCUAUCGUGUAUUAGAUUUAGAGAAACCAUUAUUAGAUCAAGAUCUUAAAGCAUCCUAUUAUGAUUUCGUUGUAAUGUCAAAUGUUAUGCAUGUCGUUAAGAAACUCAAACCAACAUUAAAUGAAAUUCAUAAUAUAUUAGCACCAAAUGGUCAACUUUUAUUUGUAGAACCACCAUACAAAUCAUUUUUUAUUGAUUCAAUUUUUGGUUGUUUUUCACAAUGGUGGCCAUCCUCUGAUAGUGAUAUCGAAUUAAGACCUGAUAGAUGUUGUAUGGAACAAGAGAAAUGGAUUAGCCUUUUAAAUCAAUGUACUUAUAGAGAUACAGUUUUAUAUGGUAAUGAUAAAUUACUAUUUUUAAUCCAAACUAGAAAACCAACAAUUAAUGAAAUCAUUUCAGAACAAUCAAUAUCAUUGGAUCAAUUAAAUUCUUUCAAUAAUAUUAUUUUAUUUAGUAGUAAUAAUAAUAAUGAUAAUAAUAAUAAUAGUAAUAAUUAUUAUAAUAAUAGAAAUAGUUACAGCAGCAGUAGUAUUCAAAAUUUAAUAAGAUUAAAUCAAGAAUUAAAACAUAAAAUCAUUAAUAUUAAUAAUUAUAAUGAAUUUCAAUCAUGGAUUACAAAUAAUCAGAAUAAAGAUAAUUGUGGUAAUAAAACAUUAAUAAUAUUUUUAAAAUCAAUUGAAUCAAUAAUGAAUACUUCAAAUUUUAAAGAAAUUACAUUUGAAUACAUUCAAAUUAAUCAAUUAAUAUUAAAAUUAGAAUUAUCAAAUAGUUUCAAACAUUUACUAUUAUCAUUAAAUUCAACAACUGAUAAUUAUUUAUCAUCAUCAAUUGUUGGUGCUGCUCGUUAUUUCGUUGAAUUCCCACAAUUAGAUUUAUAUAUAUUAAAUUAUGAUAAUAUUUCAAUUGAAAAUAAUCAACAAUUAUUAUCAUUAAUCAAUUAUUUAAUUGAUUCAAAUAAUAAUAUUCAAAAAGAAUUUACAAUUAUUAAUAAUAAAGUAUACUAUGAAAGAUAUUGUAGAAGAUCAAAUAAUAUUAAAUCAAAACUUCAAUCUAAAUCAUUUGAAACCAAUAAAGAUAAUUUAUUUAUUCAAUUAAAUUCAAAUUUAGAAUAUCAAUUAUAUAGUAAAAAAGAUGAAUUAAAUUCAAAUGAAGUAGAGAUAGAAAUUAAAGCAACUAGUAUAAAUUAUAAAGAUUAUUUAAUGUAUAUCGGUAUGAUUGGUACGGAUAUAGAUAUCAAAUAUGGUAAAGAGUAUGAAAUUGAAAAUGGUAUUGGUAUUGAUAAUCCAAAAAUUGGUAAUGACUUUAGUGGUAUAAUUACAAGAUUAGGUUGUAAUGUAAAGGACUUUAAAGUUGGUGAUCAAGUUUGUGGUGUCGGCUCAAAAACAAAUAGUUCACAUAUUAUUGUAGAUUAUAAUUAUAUUUAUUAUAAACCAUUAAACUAUAGUUAUUCAGUUUCAGCCUCAAUUCCAUCUGUAUAUAUUACAUCAUUACAUAGUAUCUAUAAUAUUGGUAAUUUAAAAUCAAAUGAAUCAAUUUUAAUUCAUUCAGCAGCAGGUGGUAUUGGUAUAUCAUCUUUGGAUUUAUUAAAAAGUAAACAACAUCAAGGUUAUAUAUUUUUAACUGUAGGUUCAAAAGAUAAAGAAGAAUACUUAAUAAAGAAAUAUGGAUCAUUAAUUACAGCUAUUUAUUCAUCUCGUAAUAAAAAUUAUGUCAAAGAUAUAAAGAACAAAUUAAUAGAAUUAGGUGAAGUUGAACAGCAUCAACAACAAGGUGUAGAUUUAAUAUUAAAUACAUUAUCAUCAGAGUUUAUGGAUUCAAAUUUCCAAUGUUUAAAUUUAUCAGGGCGUAUCGUUGAUUUAAGUAUUACUCAUCUCACACCAAAUGAUUAUAUGACAAAUAAUCAUUACAAAUUUAAUGUGGGUUACUUUAACGUAGAGGUCAUAGAUUUCCCUGGUAAAUUAAUCAAAAGCUAUAUAAAGAAAAUUAUUAAAAUGAUAAAUUCAAAUAAAUUAGAGCCAAGCGUACCAAUCAUUGAAUAUUCAAAUAAUCAAUUUAAAGAUGCAAUUGAAUAUAUAAAUCAAAGAAAACAUAUUGGUAAAAUCAUUGUUAAUCAUAAUCAAGAUGAAUUCAAUAGAAUUUAUAAUAUUUAUCAAAAUAAUAACAAUCAAAUCAUGAAACAUUCAUAUGAUAUUUCAAAAUUAAAUAUUGGUAAAAAUAUUUUACUCACUGGUCAAACUGGUAUUGUUUUAGAAAUAUUAAAAUAUUUGGUUAAAUAUUCAAACCAUUCAAUUGAAAAUAUUAUAAUACUUUCAAAAUCAAAAUUAAAAUGGGAAUUAGAAUUAUUAAUCAAUCAAACUAAAUUUAAAAAAGAUAAUAUUAUUAAAUUCCAUUUCAAUCAAAUCGAUAUUGAAGAUUCAACUAAAGUCAAUCAAGUAUUGAAUCAAUUAGAGUUAAAUGAAAAUAUUACAAAUAUUGAUUCAAUCAUUCAUUUUGCAUUUAUGAAUGAUAUUUGUGAUGUUCAAAAAGUAGAUAUGAAUCGUUUAAAUAUUACACAUGGUGCUAAAACAAUUGGAGCAAUUAAUCUUCACAAUCAAUCGAUUAAUCGUUCAUGGAAUAUCAAACAAUUCAUAAUGGCAUCAUCAGUAGUUUCAAUAUUUGGAUCAGAUAAACAAUGUUGUUAUGUUAGUGCAUGUAAUGUUAUCGAUUCAUUAUCAAAGUAUAGACAUUCAAUUGGAUUACCAUCUUUAGCCAUUAAUUUAGGUGCCAUAUCAUCAACUGGUUUCGUAUCACGUAAUAAUGCAAUUGAAACAAUGUUAAAGAGUACUCUUUCAAAUCUAUUCUCACCUCAACUCGUUAUUAGUUCAUUAGAUCUAUUCAUUCAAAAUCAACAUCAAUAUCCAAACUAUUGUUUAUCAGAUUUCAAUUUUGAAGUUUUACCAUCAACUUUAACAAAUCAACAUCAUUCAAAAUUUGAUUUUGAAAUUAAUAUUGUUAAAAAAUCAAAUCAAAUCAAAUCUUUCUCUGGUGAUGAUAAUAAUAAUGAAAUUAUUCGUUCAACAAUUUUAAAUAAAAUCAGUGAAAUAUUAUCAAUUGAUGAAUCCAAAAUCAAUGAAGAUUUACAACUCUCACAAUAUGGUAUGGAUAGUUUAGUAAUUGUACAAUUAAAGAAUUUUGUCGAUAAUCAAUUAGGUCAUAAUAUUAUCACAAUUCAACAAUUACAAAAUAAUAAAAUCAAUCAAUCAAUUGAAAUUAUUAAAUCUGCCCAUAAUAAAAAUAAAAAUAAUAAUAAUAAUAAUAAUAAUAAUAGCAAUCAUCAUGAUAACAUUAAAAAAGAACAACAAUCACUUGAUGAGUUUAUUAAAAAUGAAACUAAAUUAAAUGAAUCGAUCAUUUCAAGACCAUAUUCAAUUAAAAAUAUUUUAAAUAAUAAUAAUAAUAAUAAUAAUAAUAAUAAUAAUAAUAAUAAUAAUAAUAAUAAUAAUAAUAAUAAUAAUAAUAAUAAUAAUUGUCAAUCAAUAUUCUUAACAGGUUCAACAGGAUUCUUAGGUGCAUAUUUAUUAAUUGAAUUAAUUAAAGUGAAUAAUAUAUCAAAAAUUUAUUGUUUAAUAAGAAAUAAUUCAAAACUAACAAAUCCAAUCGAUGUAAUUAUUAAUAAUUUAAAGAAACAUCAAUUAAUAGAUAUGAAUAAAGAAUCUCCAAAAAGAAAAACAAAAAUAAUCAAUCAUACAGGUAACAUAUCAAAUGAUAAAUUAAAUAGUAGUAAUUCAAACAGUGAUAAUAGUAACAAUAAUAAUAAUCAAAUAAAUGAAGAUCAAUUAAUUAAAAUCAUUCCAAUUAUUGGUGAUAUCUCAAAAGACAAAUUUGGUUUAACUGAACAAGAUUAUUUAAAACUUUCAAAUGAAUGUGAUAUUAUUAUUAAUUCAGCAGCAGAUAUAAAUUUAAAAUCAAACUAUGAAGAAAGUAAAACUGUAAAUGUUAACAGUGUUAAUCAAAUUAUAAAAUUAUCAGUUUCAAAUAAUAGCUCACAAAAAUUAAUAGUUCAUUUUUCAUCACUUGCAGUAUUCAUUAAUCAUCCUUUUAAAGAUGAAGAGGAUUUUGAAGAAACAAAUUCAGUUCCAAGUUUUAAUUCUACACCAAUUGGAUAUAUUCAAUCUAAAGUUAUUUCAGAGAAACUUAUAACAAAUGCAGCUGAAUCAAGAGGUAUACCAUCAAUCAUUAUUAGACCACCUGAUAUAUUCUCAAAUCCAAUAACAGGUAUAGGUCAUUCAAAUGAUUUUAUAUCACUUUUAAUCAAAGCUUCAAAAGAGAUUGGUUAUUAUCCAAAUAUUCAUAAAUCGAUUUUCUCAACUCCAGUCACAACCAUAGCUAAAACAACAAUUGAUUUAAUAUUCAAUGAAAACAGUUGGAAUCAAAAUAAAUCAAAACCAAUCUCAAUUUAUAAUUUUAAUGGUAAUUCAAUGGAAAUGAAAUCAUUUUAUAGGGUAUUGGAAAACAAUUUUAAAUGUAAAGAAAUAGAUUUCGAUGAAUGGAUUGAAUUAGUUUCAAAAUCAAAUGGAAAAUCAUCAAAAAGAUAUUCAACAUUCCACAUUCACAAAAAUCAAAAUUUAUUAUUAACAACUUUUACAAUUAAUAGUUUGUUAAAAAUGUCAAAUAGCACAAAAGAAUUAUUAACUUCAAUUGGUUCAUAUAAUCAUCAAGAUUGGGAAAUUAAUGAAUCAAUGAUUUUAAAUGAUAUUAUUAACAAUCAUUAA